AUGAAAAUGGUUGGCUCGAUUGAAAUUAGCAAGAGGGAGAUGGUGAUGGAUGAGAAGAUCUAUGUAGCAGUGGUAGGGAAAGAUCUAGAGAGCAAGUCUAGUCUCGUCUGGGCGAUACAGAACAUUGGAGGAGGCAAAGAGUUUUGCAUCGUCUAUGUUCAUCAACCGAUACAAAGCUCAGUCCGUAAUAGAAAAGAGAAGGAGAAAGUGCAUAAGAAUUUGGAUAAGUACCUUAAUAUAUGCAGGCAAAUGCAGGUCAGUGCAGAGAAGAUAUUUAUCGAAAUGGAUUCGGUAGAGAAAGGGAUUCUCCAACUGAUAUCUGAUCGCGGAGUUAGGAAACUCGUCAUGGGAACAGCAACUGAUAGACAUUAUUCAAUGUAA